AGAGGAUGAAGAAACAUUGCAGAAGUUUUCCAUAUAUGAUUUCCCAUUCAGGAACACUGGAACAAGUUUGAAUUCAGGAAUACAGAAAUGGGAGGUUUUGCUUUUGAAUAUAAAUUUCCAAAGAUUUGCAGUUCAAUUAUUGUGUUACACUAGUUUUUCUUGCUAAACUAAUAUGACUAAGAAAUAGCAAGUUGUAGUGAUUGGAAUAGUAUAUGUCAGUUUGACCUUCAUCAAAUGAGCUCCAUUUCUUCUCUUUUGUGCAGCGUCACUCCUAGGACAUUCUCUACUUGUGUUCUUUACCGUCUGCUUCUUCUUACUGUUAUGAGAAUAUGGCCACAAUUGUGACGGAUGUGGUGAAGUUGUUUUAGCGGCCUCAAAUCCUGGUCACGAACCGUUCUGUAGUGCAGUUCCAGUACCUUGCUCUUUCUCUGACUGUAAACGUCGCCCCUCUCUUGAAGAACUAGUAUCGCAAGAAUUGAAUUGCUCGUUUUACUUGUGCUUUGCUUGCAUGAAGGCUGUGUAGAAUACCAAGGAACUUCGAUGUCAGCUUAUAUCUUGAAGCUUGUGGAACGAGAAAGGAAGAGGAACCAUGUGCUCACAUCUGCCAACUUGAUGCGUUUCUGGGUGGAACUAUUGACAUUUUGAGUCGCUAAAAAAUCUUACCUUUGAGAGACAGUUAGCGAGAAUGAAAAUGCGAAACAGACCAAAUGCUGUGCUAUCCAGAAAAGAGAGAUAUGAUCUUGGAAUAAUGCCCUGCUAUGUGUUUGAUGGCAAACCCCCAGAACUAAAUAGUGGAGAGUUGAAUGGCUUGAGCACCCCAACAGACGAAGAUAUGAAGUCAAAGAGCGUCGUUGUGAUAAAUGUGCCCCAGUGUUCUUUCACUAAGUUAGCUGACAGCGGAUUCGCUGCAUUAGAAAGUUUCGUGAGGAGCUUCUUUAUGAGUUUGUAAUAGCAUUCUUCUUUGUUCAUUUCACUUCGAUGAGUGUUUGACUGAAUAUAUAAAUUUUUAAAGAUAUUCGUAGACGUCAAGAUUCGAAGCGACACUAUUCGUUUACGACGAGAGUAGGCAACAGAAACCUAAUAGAAGUAAAACCCCAUAGCUUAAUUUCAUUUCGUUUUUCCUCGUCCAAAAAGUCUAUUUUGUAGAGCUCUCCAGAAUAUUGAACUGAACACAUUCGGAGCUAUAACAUCUGAUGUAUAUCAACUUAAGGAGUAUCCUAUCGGCAGCAAGUAACUACUGCGGUUUAGUCAAAUGAAAACUUUAUUCUCCAGUCGUUGUGUUAGCAAGAAUAUCACACUUUUAUAAUGUAUAAUCUCAAGCCAGUAGCUCUCGACAGAACCCAUAUCAACAGAAGCUGUAGUAGCAUCCUUGUCAAAUGAUGUACUGGAUAGAUUAUCAUUCACUUUGAAGUUGCUUAGUGAUAAAAAUCAGGAAAACGUGAAAUAAGAAUAAUUGUUACAUGACGAAGUAAUGAACACUUGUCUUGAUAAAUAGUGUUCGUUCGAUCAGUAAUGAUGCGAAAAAUCGAAAUAAGAUGGUAGAUUGUUUUCUUUAUUUUGUGUGCUGUUGGAAUCAAAACAGAAUAACAAUCAUCACUACUAUGCGUUUAUCUAUAAUGAAGUUUUCAAUUAUAUG